AUGUUAUACUUGUCUGUCGCGCACUACCUCCAAGUCGUCAGACACGUGUACAUAGAGCAGGGCGCGCCCCCCCUCGCGCAGCCCCGCACCUCCCCGCCCCUCCCACAGCCCCACACCACGCCCCCGCCCCCGCCCCCGCAGACCACGCCCACACGCUCCUCCUCAUCUCCCACAUCCUCGUCCUCUUGCUCCUCGGGCUCGGUCACGCCCCCUCCCCCUCGCCCGCCCCCCACCGGCCCCCGAGCCGCCGCUCUCACGAACUUGGACACAAAUGCGCCGACAUCACUGUACUCGCGGCUGCUGACACUCCUCGCCGCGAGAGGAAAUAACUCUGACGAUGAUCUCCCCAUCUGCAACCGCAACGUGCCGCGACCCGCCCUCAGCGUGCCGCCCAUCGAGCUGCGCAAGAUCUCCCCCAACAAGCUGCAGCAGCUGGCCUUGAGAUCUCCGCCGAGCGACGCGAGACUGCCCCCGAGCUUCCCGCGACCGCCGCCGACCUUCCCGAGACCGCCGCCGAGUGCUCCGAGACCGGCACUUAGCGUCCCGAGACCGCCGAGACCCGCGCCCGGCGUCCCGAGACCGCAGCUCCUGCAGAGAUCGGUAUUGAACGUUCAGAGGACCGUCUUCACCUCGCAGACCGCGGUCCUCUCCCGCACACUCCUGGUCUCCAGUGCUCAGAGAAUGUUCGUCACACAGACACCGGCCCCCGUACCAAUGGGACCCGUGUUUCGUUCUCCGCUCAACCCGCACGCACCACCAUUUACAUAUCCCCAAGAGUUGCAAAGAUCGUCUGGCGGAGGAAGAUCAUUUAGCUAUCAACCGGCAACCAGCUCGACAAGCUACCAAGGAUCAAGUGGCUCGCGACCUCCUGCUUCCGGCUCCUAG